GACGGUACUUCCGGGUGGAAGAUGGCGGCCGCGGCGGGCCGGAAGCCGGUGCGGCAGGAGGAGCUGCGACGGCUCAUGCGAGAGAAGCAGCGUGCGGGCGCGGGCAAGAAGCGCGUCGAGUCGUCCUUCGCUAAAUACAACCGCUUAGGGCAUCUAAGCUGCACUCUGUGCAACAUGCAGAUUAAGAAUGAGCUGUUGUGGCAAACGCACGUGCUUGGGAAACAGCACAAAGAGAAACUUGUAGCCUUAAAAGAUGGUAAACAGCUAAUACCUGACCCUGCUGCUGGCACAUCGUCUCACCCUGCCAAAAGAAAAGUUCUUGACACAGAAAAUCAAGAAGUAAAGAAAACAAAAGGUUCAAAUGACCAGACACCGACUUCUACAUCUGGGCUACCCACAAACUUUUUUGAUGAACCAGAGCAAGCAAGUACAAAAGGACGGCUCUCAAAGGGUUCAGCUCCCACAGUACUGCCUGGAGAUGAUGAUGAUAAUGAUAACGAUGACGAAGAGAAGGAAGAACAAAAAGAUGAUGCUAGCAAAUCUAGUGCACAAAAAUCAGAACUUCCACCUCCAGCUCAAGAAGCAGUAGCUAACACUUUACCAGCAGACUUCUUUGACAACAGAACUGUAUCUGCUCCUAUGGUUUCCCAUUCUGGGUCCAUACAGAAACCAGAAGUACAAGAAAAAGCAGUGGAAAGGAAAGAAAAUACUGCAGAAGCAUUGCCAGAAGGAUUCUUUGAUGAUCCUGAAGUGGAUGCAAAAGUGCGAAAAGUUGAUGCUCCAAAGGAUCAGAUGGAUAAAGAAUGGGAUGAAUUUCAGAAAGCAAUGCGACAGGUCAACACAAUUUCAGAAGCAAUAGUGGCAGAAGAGGAUGAAGAGAUACGAUUGGAUCGUCAGAUUGGAGAAAUUGAUGAGCAGAUGAACAACCAACCUGGCCUUAGUGGAACUGGUGACCUACAGGAGAAAUGUGUUGCAGUCUCAGCAAGUACAGGAAAAAACAAGAGGACUCAGCACACUGCUAGAACCCUGCUAGGAGGCCGGUAUCAUCUGUAAACAGGAUGAGGGCCCUGACAUGGCAUGUACAUCUGAGGAGGUCUCCAAUGCUUGGUGAUACCACAUUUAAUACUCCAUCAAUGUAAAGACAUAAAAACCUAGGUAUCUAUAUGUAAGAUGAAGUUAUGCAUGUUACUUAGGGAAGGGGAAAAUGUUAAAGAAUAUUUUGGUUUUAUAGAACAAGCAUUGAUACCUGUAUAGAAUUCUAACACUGGAAAAUAAAUUGAAAAUAUGAAGUUAGGGUAUCCCAAGUAAACUCAGCUUUGUCCCCAAUCGUCCCUGUCCCAACCCUAUUAAAAGGUAUGGAACAAUGUUAUGCCUGAACAUUUUUUUCAAUUGAUAAUUAAAGGAUCUGUGCACCUC